UAUCUGUGCAUGUUUCUAUGUAAGGUUACUAGUUUUCCCUCCUCAAACGAAAUAAAUUGUUUCGUAGACUGUGACUCAAAUUUUUAUACGACUCCUUGGGACCUUCUCUAUAAAUUCUUUCUUUGCCCUUCAAUUUCUGAUCACCUACAACUUUACAUCAAAAUCUUCAAUAUUUCUUCAAUUUUCCAAUUUACAACUUAAACCCUUCUAAGUCUUACAUUCUUUAUUUCUUCUAAUAGGUAGCUAUCAAUUGCACACCUACUUGUACUUGGCCACCAAAAUAAAUAGCAAUGGCUCCAUCAGCAAUUUCACAAACUCCUGCGAAGGAUGUUCAACAAUCCGAUGAACUCCUAGCUGCCGCUGUCAGCAAAAAGAUUGCAACCACUGAAUUUGGCACUCUUCCUCACCUCGAUGCAUCUCUGCUCAAAAUCACCAAAUCUACGACGCCGAUGAAGGUUCCUGCGGCAGGGGAUCCAAUCAUUAAUACCGGUUCUCAAUGUACCGACCAUAUGAUCACAGCCGUUUGGAGUGACAAGACCGGAUGGGGUGCACCAGAACUGAAGCCAUACGGAAAUCUCUCACUUGCUCCUACAGCUUCUGUUUUGCAGUAAGUUGCUUUCUGUUUUCUGGUUGGGUGCUUUGAGUCAUAGCCACCAUUCUUUUUGUUUUGGAGUGAUCUUCAAGUCGGAUCUCCAAAGACCUUUUAAAUCAUAAAACGGACAGGGCCAUCUUGUAUUUUCGGCCGUUUGUGUAUUCAAAAUAUGCUGACCUAUUUUAGUUAUGCAACUGAAUGUUUCGAGGGCAUGAAAAUGUACCGUGGAUUCGAUGGAAAACUCAGAUUGUUCCGUCCGGAUUGCAACUGUCAGCGAAUGCUCACUUCCGCUACACGUAUUUCCUUGCCAGGAUUUGAUCCUAAGGAGUUGGAGAAGCUCAUCGUUAACCUGGUUUCUGUGGAUGGACCAAAAUGGCUCCCAGAACCCGGUACUUUCCUCUACUUGCGACCCACCAUGAUUGGUAGCGCUGGAGCACGUGAGUACGCCCUUUGUAAGAUAUCGGCAUGAGCAUAUCGAGGCAGCCUGUCCGAAUUUGCAAGUAUGGUAUCUACGAGUCCAUUACUAACACCAAAUGCACAGUUGGCGUUGCUGCCCCCAAAGAAUGUACAAUGUUUGUCAUUUCCACCUUCAUGCCUGUUAUGGAUUCACCCCAGGGCAUGAAGCUUCUCGCCAGUCAAGAAGGUGUUCGUGCCUGGCCCGGCGGAUUCGGUUUCGCCAAGGUGGGAGCCAAUUAUGGACCUACAUUGAUGGCAAACUCAGAGGCUCGCGCCCGUGGCUAUGACCAAGUUUUGUGGUUGCUCGACGGAAUGGUUACCGAGGCUGGAGCCAGCAACUUCUUGGUUGUGUGGGAAACUAAGGAGGGUAAGAGGCAGUUGAUUACUGCUCCUUUGAAGGACAAGAUCAUCUUGGACGGUGUUACCAGACGAAGUGUUUUACAGUAAGUACACCUCAUAUUCCAUUACUUUGGCAAUAGUGAUUUUAACCUUGAAACUAUAGACUCGUCCGAGAACGCAUCCCUGAACUCGAAGUUGUCGAGUGCAACUUCACCAUGGACGAGCUUGCCGAGACCGCCAAAGAAGGCCGCAUCAUUGAAGCUUUCGCUUGCGGAACUGCAUACUUCGUCGUCCCCGUCGCACAAAUUAACUACAGAGAAAAGGACAUCAACAUCCCUAUGUCCCAGGGAAACAGUGGAGAGUACGCCGCCAAGAUUAAGCAAUGGUUGGUCGAUAUCAUGUAUGGAAACGUGGAACAUGAAUGGGGUGUUAUCAUUGAUGAAGUUGGCGCAUAAUUCAACUCACCUUUCUUUACAGGAUUGGAUUGGAUUGGAUAAUCUGUACUCUAGUGGGCUGGCUCGGAGGUGCUUGUGUGCCGCACUGUUUUCCGAUAAGCCGGGCCAUUUUCGUUUUGCGUUCGCACACGGGGUGGUUGGGAAAAUAAGUCGUUUUACGGCGCGGUUACUUCUUUGGGUUUGGGGGCAUAGAUAUUUCCUUGCAUAGGUUUUCAUCAGCGUUGGUGGCUUUUCCGAAUUUCAUAGACGGCGACUAGCAUAGCAAUCUAAUGCUUUUAUGAUAAAGAAUA